CAAGCCAUGUGUGUAACCCAAAAUGGCUUCCUCUCAAUUGAGUGGCUACCAGUGUGAGUUUGUUGAGAGUGUGAAGGAUUACGAAUGCCCCCUAUGUCUGCAUGUGACCCGAGAACCCAGCCUCACCAGCUGCUGUGGACAGCACUUCUGUCAAGCCUGCAUCCAAAAGAUACUCACUGACAAAAAUUUUUGCCCCUUUUGUAAAACUAAAAGCAAUAGUUUCACCGUAUUUUUUGACAAGAAGCAACGAAGAAGAGUACUCGAUCUCAAGAUCUACUGCGAUAAGAAAGCUAAAGGUUGUGACUGGGUGGGUGGUUUGGGAGAGCGAGAACAACACCUUCGUGAGAAAUGCGGCUUAAUUUAUGUACGCUGUCCAUACAACUGUGGAUGCUGUUGUCGCAGGAGAAGUCUAAAUACGCACAAAACUAAUACUUGCCCCAAGAGACCACACAUCUGUAACUAUUGCAAUCUGGAGGGAACGUAUAAAAUUAUUCAAGACGACCACCUCCCUGUGUGCUCGAAGUAUCCGGUGGCAUGCCCCAACGAGUGUAGAGUGGCUCCCCUAGAGAGAGGUAAACUGGAGGGGCACCUGAGAGAGUGUCCUCUGGCAAUGGUCAAGUGUGAGCUGAAGGAGCUGGGCUGUGAGGAGGUAGUCCAACGGAAGGACGCGGACAAACACAUGGAGCAAGCUGCUCAGAAACACUUGAGAUUAUCAACUAGCUACUUCAUAAAGAAUCAGAAAAGGCAAGACAAAAAAAUUAUCAGGUUACAAGGAGAAGUCAACGAGGCUCGAGAGCAACACAGAAGACUAUCGAGCCAAAUUGAUUUGAUCAAAAGGUAUUCACCGAUGUACGUUACUGAGCUGAAUGUAAAUUACAGAAUAAAUAAAUAUACAGGACGCUGGCACAAUAAGACUAAUUUCGAAUUUCUUUCAACUGGAUGUAAAAUCAUGCUUUGUUUGUAUCUUGGUGAGACUGGUAUAGAUAUCGAACUAACACAUGUUGAAUCUAAAGCUGAUGACCAGCUGCAGUGGCCUAGAACAUUCUCAAUGACUGUUACACUAAUCGAUCAGGGAGAAAAUCAAGACCACCAUGUAUUGCAGGGAGAAAAUUUGAUAUUGGACAGAAACGAAUACAAUGACGAGGCCGGGUUCAAUGACAUAAUUCAAAUUCCGUACUUAAUAAUCGAGAAUCCUCCAGAUGGAGUUCAGUACAUCGUUGACGACCACAUUAAGAUGGAGAUUAUAGUGACCGAAACGUAAUAGUUACAACGAAUAAUACAUACAUAAUAUUAUUACAUAUACCAAAAGUUAUGCAUGUGGACAGUAGGUAAUCCUCGAUCUGUAUAUCGGAAAUCAGCAUAAUAAUAAAAAUUCAUA